AUGAUCAUGCGGCGAAGGAAUACAUUGCAGUUUCAUUUAAAAUCAGGGCGUCGAUACGAAGUUGCCAGGGAUUCAUUACUGCAGAACAGUAGUUACUAUCAAGACAUGGUAAACAGUAGAAUGAGAGAUGCACACUUCAAAGAACUUACAUUGGAUUGUCUUUCUGAUGCGAGCUUGCAAGAAGUUAGUGAGUUUUUAUUAUCGCUGCAAAGCAGUGAGGAAGACAGGUCUACAAAGAUGAAGCGAAUAGAAAAUAUUGAAAAAGCAUAUUUGAAUGAUUCAUCAUACGCACGAAUCUUCGGAUUAGCAAAGAAGUACGCUCUCAUCGAGUGGUUUGAGAAGGCUCCCAAGUUGACAGCACGUCAAGAUCACGUCAUGACGGCGUUGGGAGAUAAAAUUUUUGUCGUUGGAGGAAACUGUUUCGCAACCGAAAACGGCCUCGAUACCGUUGAAAGUGCUAUGAGAUGUUUAUUCAUUUACCCCGCAUGUGGACAGUGGACAUUCGUACUGACACUUAAGCUGUCUUUCUGGACUGCUCAACAUAGCAUUCUCUUCAACGGCUCCCUGCUCUGUUUUGCUCUCGAUUGGUUAAACCAUAAUUAUGUAAUACAAAAAAUCAAUUUGAAAAAUUAUCUGGAUAUCAACAUAUCAUCCUCAAAUGAACUCAAGAAGAAAUAUGACAUAUCAAAUGCAACCGAUACUGAAGAGAGCUGUGGCGUAGAACAUGCGGUAGUUUACGCCGUAUACCCUGUGGUUUUUUCAUAG